AUGAAGGUCAUUAUCUCUAUGUUUACCGGCGUGGCUGCCUUUGCAAGUAUGAGAGCUAUUAAUACGCUUACCCCAUUCAACACUCCCGUUUCGCCAAUUGAAGGGUACACCGUCGUUCCUCUUUCCAUGGAAGGAGCUAUCGAGCCAGGUGGUGAGGUGAUGAAGUUUAACGGUAACUUCAGGAGCAUCUUUGCCCAGAUUCGAAGAAUCAAGCCCGAUUUCGAAUGGGAUGACUUCCAAUCUGCUGCUCCGCCGACCAGCCUAACCGGUAGAAGCAGUACAGAGAAAUCUAUUACUCACUCUCUUUGCACUCCUAAUUGCAAACCCGGGUUUAGAUCACUAGCUCUAAUGGGCUACGAUUACUUGCAGCAACUUCACAAGAACUGCGGUGUAGACGCAGGCCCCCGCAAAUGUUCCGUGGUCUAUUGUUUUCAAUAUACUAAGAUCUGGUUUUGCAACGACAAUGACAAGAGCAUUUCCUUUCCCUGCGAAAACCUAAACCCUUACAUCUUGCAGCUCAUUGGAAUGACGAAUUGCACCCAGUUUCCAAGAGAAAAGGGUAUGGAGACUCUAAAGGCGCAAAUAUUCGAUAGCGGUGGAUGGAAUAUUAUUGUUGGUGGGGAUGGGGAUCAUUGCUGCGAACAAGAUGAUCCAGAUUGUUGA